UUUUAGGGGUUGCAAUGAGAUAAAAGUUUUCUCUAUAAAUAUGUAUUUCGCCGACCAUGAAUGCUAAUUAUCCUGCUGUUUAUGUAUUAGAUCUUCACAAUAUAACGAUAAAACCUAAAUACAGAAAAAGGAAACCAAAUCCAGUUCAUUUGAUUCAAUCUCCUUCAACUUCUCCUUGUAGCCAAAUUCCAUAACCACUAACCAGAAAAAAGCUAAAGCUUGCAACAAAAAUGAAACAGAGUAAACCAUGUCAUAAUUCCUAGCAAAUCAUUUUCUUCCCUCUCCAUUUCCCCCCUGCAACUCUCAUAAAUCAUUAAGGACAAUAAAGGGAGAGGAAGAGAGGGAUUUUCUUUUUCUUUUUCUUUUUGUGUAGAAGAUGGUUUAUUGAUGGUGAUGAUCCCAUGUGCUCUGUUCAAUACAAAACAGAGAAGAACAGAAGACAAAGGAAAAUUAAAAGGAAUCAAACCAACCCCAUUUGAUUUCAAUGCAAUUAUCCUACAAAAUCCUUCAAAAUCUCAUAUGGGUAUUCUUCAUAUUUUUCAUUUUCUUCAUUUCAUUUUCUGUUUCCACUCGUAGCUCCGAAAUUCAACUUAUCUGUGGCUCUCCAAAGGAGAAUUUGAAUUCUACUGUCUCCACCUCUUUCGUCCCAAAUUUUGUCAAAGUUAUGGAAUCAAUUCAACAACAAGUAUCGACAAGAGAAUGGGGAGAUGCUUCUGUUACAUUUCCGGCGCCUGAGGUCUACGCAUUAGCACAAUGUCAUGGUGAUCUUUCUAGUCUCGAUUGCAAACUCUGUUUUAGCCAGGGCAGAGUAAAGCUCCCACGUUGCCUGCCAAAAAGUGCUGCUCGUAUUUAUCUGGAUGGUUGCUUUAUUCGCUAUGAUAAUUACAGUUUCUUUCACGAAUCAAUAAACCCUGAUUAUGAUUCUGUGAACUGUAGCCAACCAACUGGUGUUCUCGUUGAUAAUUCUUUGCAUAUGGAGUUCAAGAAAAAGGUUGCAGAAGUGAUUAAGAACGUAACUGAAAAAGCGCUCGAAAAUGGAACUUUUGCUACUGUUGAGGCUAAAGCAGGAGCGAUUCCUGCUUAUGCAUUGGCUCAGUGCUGGAAUUCUCUUACCUAUGCAGAGUGCAGAGAUUGUUUGGUGAUGGCAGGGUCACCAUUGAGACAAUGUGCUCCUGGAGGAGGGGGUCAGGCUUUAUAUACCGGUUGUUAUAUGAGGUAUUCGACGGAGAGAUUCUUUAACACCAGCUCGGAAUCAAAUGAUGAAGAUGACUCUGAUGCUGGAAUAAUAGGAGCAAUAGCUUUAGCAGCAGUCGCGUUUAUUGUGCUAGCUUCUUUUGGUGCUUUUAUAGGGUAUGAAAGAUUAUCUAAGAGGAAGAAAGACCAAGAUAAUCUCAGGCGCUUUCCAGAGACGUCUAAUAUGAACUUUAAGUACGAAGUGUUGGAGAAAGCAACCAAUUUUUUCAAUGAUGAGACGAAAUUAGGCCAAGGAGGAGCUGGUUCGGUAUACAAAGGAAGUCUUCCAGAUGGAAGAACAGUUGCAGUAAAGAGAUUGGUAUAUAAUACACGGCAAUGGGUUGAUCAGUUCUUCAAUGAAGUGAACCUAAUUAGUGGUAUCCGGCAUGCAAAUCUCGUAAAGCUUUUGGGUUGCAGUAUUGAAGGACCUGAGAGCCUUCUUGUUUAUGAAUAUGUACCUAACAGGAGUCUAGAUCAAAUACUUUUUGUGAAGAGCACAAUACAUAUCCUAAGCUGGCAGCAGCGGUAUCAUAUUAUUCUCGGAACAGCUGAAGGGCUUGCAUAUCUUCACGGAGGUUGCGGUGUGAAAAUUAUCCAUAGAGACAUAAAAACCAGCAACAUUCUUCUUGAUGAGAAGCUUAUUCCGAAGAUUGCUGAUUUUGGACUUGCUCGUUGCUUCGCUGCCGAUAACACUCACAUUACUACUGGCAUUGCAGGAACAUUGGGAUAUAUGGCUCCUGAAUAUCUUAUUCGAGGGCAGCUAACAGAGAAAGCAGAUGUUUAUAGUUUUGGAGUUCUUGUUUUAGAGAUUGCAAGUGGCAAAAAGAACAGUGUUUACUCACAAGGAUCAGGCUCGAUUUUGCACAAUGUCUGGAAGCAUUAUAAGGCAAGAACGCUUGCUGAAGCAAUAGAUCCUGCGCUAAAGGAUGAACAUCCUGGAAAAGAUGCAGAAAAUGUGCUACAGAUAGGACUUCUAUGCACUCAAGCUUCUGCAUCACUAAGACCAUCAAUGACUGAAGUAGUUGAGAUGCUAACAAAUAAGGAAUGUGAAAUUCCCACACCAAUGCAACCCCCAUUUCUGAAUGCAAGUGUUCUUAGUGCGGGUGGUUCUACGGAAAACUCUAUUACGAAAGUUUCACUUACAAAAAUUUUGCCCAUAACCUUAAAUCGUGAAAAGAUUUUAGCUCAAAUGCCCUCAAAUGUCACUCAGAGUUCAUUUGUUACAGCUAGUUCUGGAUGGAGCUGUUCCUCAACAGACCAGCUUGACCCGAGAUAGUAUCGAUCUCGAUAUUCUUUUAAAUAUGUUAGUUUGAGAAACAGAGACCAUUGUUCAUUCAAGCAAUUAGAUGGAGCCCAAGAAAUGGACUGCACAGUGCCUUGCCGGAAGUGGGUUCGAAGAAUAUCGAUGGGGGCAGGCAUGCUAUAGUUCUUGUUGAAUUAUGAGUCUUCAAAUGAAAAAGAUGAACUAUUAUUAAAACCAAAAAAGAUUCAAGUUAGAUAGAUUUUAUCGCACAGAGGGCUUCUGUAGGAGGUGCUUAUGAGUAGUUGAAGAUUUUCCAUUUGAGGGGGAUGAUUCAUAGCUUUUCUCUUCUUCUUCUUCUUCCUCUUUUAACAAAACGUAUUCCCCAAAAGGCAUAUCAAACGACAUUUGUAGAUUUUUAUACCUUUAUUUUUUUCUUCUUUUUCCUGCUUACAGAUAUGAUUUAUUAAAACAUCUCAAUUUCUUUAUAAGACAAAAUAUUUCUAAUUAGUAGACCUUUAUACUUUUAUCCUGUAAUGCAGCUCCCUCUUACAGUUACCUUCCCAGGGCAAUUUCCAACAAAUUUUAGUUGGCAACGCCUCUUCUCUUCUUAUUAUCUUUGUCUAUUAGGUUAGUGCCACUUAAGAGUUUCUUUCUUCUUCUAAUAUAGAGCUUCUGUAACUUUGAUUUCCUUUAAAUGUAGCUUUGUGGUGGUUAGAGUUUUAAUGG